AUGGCGAACAAUCUGUGGCUCUGCCUCGGCCUGGCCGUGGUCUGCGCGUUUUUAUCCCUGUCUACAGCUAGGGAGCUGAGGACCAGGAGGGAUCUGAUUAUGGCAGCCACUCAUCAUGGCCAUCAUCACGAGGAGGGCGGUGGACACGAUGAUCAUGGCUACCAUCACGAAGAACACGGCGACAAGGGUGAAAAGGGGUACAAGAGUCAUCACCAUCACGACAAAGGUGAUCAUGGUCACUAUGGUAAGGAUCACGACGAAGGACAUCACGAGGAGCAUGGUGGACACAAGAAGGGACACCAUGACGAGCACGAGGAGCAUGGAAAUCAUCACGAGCACGAGGACGAGCACAAGGGCUCGAAGUUUGGGCAUAAGAAGGGGCACAAGAAGGGUGAGAAGACUCACGGUUACCAUCACAAGGCGCAUAAGGACGAGUAUCACAAGGAGCACAAGUUCUACGAUGAUUACCAUAAAGGUGGUCAUCACGAGAAGCAUGGUAAUCAUCAUGGACAUCACGAGAGCAAGGAUGGUCAUCACAAGAAGGGAGGACAUCAUCAUUCUGGACAUCACGAGGAUCAUCAUGGCAAGAAGGGUCAUUUCGAUAAGGGACACCACGACGAAGACCAUAAGGGUUAUCAUGGCAAACAUGGACACGACGAUCAUCACUCGCAUUAUGAGGAUUAUGGGAAGAAGGGCGAGCAUCAUGGAGGGAAGAAGCAUGGAUACUCGAGCGGAGGUGGUGGCGGACAUCAUUAA